AUGGUUCCAUCCAGGGUGACGUUGCUCUCCGUUUCGGUUGCACUCCUGUCUACAGGGUCAAUCGCGGGGAGACCUAGUGCCACCUUUGGAGAGGGAUACCGACUUGGUGACGAAAUUCCAGUAUCAUGUCUUAAUCGAACGGCAGACGGCGAGCAUAUAACCGAUGAUUUGGGAAAGCUACAAUGGGUUCCAUUCGUGACCUGCAGCGAGACCUCGCGACCAUUGUCCAUACAUUACGGGGUGUCUGAAACCAUCACAUGCACGAUCUCCUCCCUGACCGACUCGCUAUACCACUUGCUGGAAUUCUACGUCCAUUCCGACGUGCCCAUGAACUGCCGUGUGCCCACCGGUCCUCUGAGAUCAUCGAACACCGCGCCCAAGGACCAUACCAACUCCGACACUGAAUCCAGCGAGGCCAACUCGCUCGCUGUGCUGAAAGAGAACGGCCCGCCUUUCACGCCCGUCACCAUUGCCUUACAGGGAACACUGCAGCUUAGCCAUCUGCACAUCUGGACGGACAUGAACAUGCUGAUGCACAACAUUCCCUCGGACCCUGCUGCACCAUCGGCCAAGGGCAAGAAGCAUGCUCAAUCGGGCCAGCCCGGUUACGCAGUAGCGGGCACGGCAUACUCCACACCCGAGUUUGAGGAAGCCUCGAAAAAGGCUGCCCUCAACAAGGACGAGGAGGCGGUGGCGAUUGCCCAAGCUGCGCGUGAGCCUUGGACCGCGGGACAUGGGACGAAGGUGGUGCGUGGCGAGCCGCUUACAUUCUCCUUCCACAUUGCGUGGAUUGAAGGAGGCGCGGGAAUUGGGUGGCCAGAGCGCCCGGUUUCAAAAUCCUUCGUGGAGUCUAACAGUUCUGGAUCCAGUAGCUCUACGGUGGGGUCGAUCUUCUCGCGCAUGUUCUUCUUCGUCCUCGCUGCCUCGGUGGGUGCUAUGCUGGCGCUCUACUGGGAGCGCAAUGGAAAUCGGCUGCGUGGUCGUUCAGGAUGGCGAGGAGAUGGAAUUCUCGGAGCUCCAAUGACCAAAGGAAAGGUAGCUGGCGUGACUUAUGGCAAUGGUGGACGGAUCAAUGGAUACGGAGGAUACUCUCCUGGCCCGUCAAAUGGUGUUGUGACCAGUGGUGGCGGAGGCGGCUCCGGGUAUGGAGGCUUCACCACCGGAAAGAGAGAUUAA